AUGUCCGCAGCCUGGAUUGAUGGAGAAAAACUCAUCUAUCUGAUUGGCCACACAACACAAGACGAUGAUGAUAAAAGUGACAGUCACUCUCGAGUGUACACAUUCAACAUUAGCAAAUCUGAGGAGCAGCAACAACAGGCUCUCUCUCAUCUUGGAGAUCUCGAUGACGGAAUAUGUGUCACGUUCAUGUUCAAACAUUUCAACUGGUUGUAUUGCAUUGACAAAGAAUCCUCUACCAAUUCAAUCAAUGCAUUUGAUCUCAACCGAAGAGAGCAAGUGCAUUGGUGUGAGUUGGAGGGCGAGGUUGAGUCAUGCACCCUCUACGAGGACAAUAUAUACAUCCUGUUUGUUGGAGGUCGCUUCAUCAGCAUGCCAUUAUCAAUAGACAAUGUGUCCAUCAAACUGCAUUCAACAGAGUUGGCACCAAUGCCAAUAACCAAGAAUGAUGGUCCCCUCAUCAAUGAGGAUUUUGAUCAAGAGGAUGAUAAUCAAGAGGAUGAUGAUCAAGAGGAUGAUGAUCAAGAGGAUGAUGAUUUAGUGGAUUAG